AUGCCCAAUACGCUUCCUGCUAAUAGAAGUGAUGGUACUGCUGCAGGGAUUCUCCCCAGCCAUCGCCCUACUGAGAGGACUGCGAGCAUUCAGGUUUGUGUACUGGACGGCCAUAGUCUAACUUGUGAGAAGCUGAUGGAGUUGUCGAGUGGUAAUGUCGAGCUCACCCUCUCUGCAGCGGCCUGGGAUAAGGUCAAUAGGGGCCGCCAUGUGAUCGAUCAAAUACUGGAUAAGAACGAGGUGGCCUAUGGAAUUAACACUGGCUUUGGUAUGUUCUCGGACGUCAUAGUCGCGCCAGAUCAACUCUCUCAGCUGCAGGUGAAUCUGAUCCGGUCCCAUGCGGCUGGGGUUGGACCGCCUCUCUCCCGGGAGAGGACCAGGAUGCUUUUGGCUCUCCGGGUUAAUGUGAUCGCAUGUGGCCAUUCUGGAGCUAGACCCGAAACGGUGGAGAAGAUGCUCGCGGCUUUCAAUAGGGAUUGUCUAUCGGUGGUUCCAUGCCAGGGUACGGUCGGCGCCUCGGGUGAUUUGGCCCCACUAGCUCAUCUUUGCCUGGGGUUGCUUGGAGAAGGGCUUAUGUGGGAUCCACAGUCAGCUGAGCCCAAACCCGCUGGGGAAGUCCUUGAAAGGCAUGGACUGGAACCCCUGCAGCUGGGUCCUAAGGAAGGACUAGCUUUGAUUAACGGGACGCAGCUGAUUUCGAGCCUUGGAAGCGAAGCCGUUAUGAGGUCGAUCAACGUAGCAAGAUGCGCUGAUAUCACCUGUGCUCUGUCUCUGGAGGUCCUUAUGGGCACCCAUAACGCCUUCCACCCUAAGAUCCAUGCGGCGAGGCCUCAUAGCGGACAGAACUUGGUGGCAUCUAGAAUUCGCGGCUUAUUGGAGCCUGAGAAACCGUCGAAGCUAUUCGAAAGUCAUCGAUACAGUGGGAAGGUGCAGGACGCAUAUACUCUACGCUGUGUGGCGCAAGUCCAUGGAGUUGUUUUUGAAACUAUUGAUUUUGUCAAGCGUUUGCUGGAAGUCGAGCUCAACUCGGCCACCGACAACCCUAUGAUUUUUACUGGAGGGGCGGACUUCUAUCCGACUGGUAGCGCCAAGGCCCCCGCAUAUCCCGCGAAGGCGCUGGACUAUUUGGCGAUAGGCAUACAGGAGCUGGCUAACAUCUCGGAGCGCCGCAUAGAAAGGCUGGUCAAUCCGGCCCUGUCGAAUCUCCCCGCAUUCCUCGUUCAAAACGGCGGUCUUAACUCGGGAUUCAUGAUAGCUCAUUGCACUGCUGCUGCGCUAACCAGCGAGAAUAAGGUUCUAUGUCACCCGUCAUCUGUGGAUACUCUAUCUACCUCUGCGGCUAAGGAGGAUCAUGUAUCCAUGGGAGGCUACUCCGCAAGGAAGUGCCUUGAGGUCAUCUCCAAUGUCGAGGUCGUCAUUGCUAUUGAGCUCAUGGCUGCUUGUCAAGCCCUCGAAUUCCACCGACCCUGUCGCACUACGGUGCCACUAGAGGCCGUAUAUGAUCUUAUACGGUCGGCCGGUGUAGAUCCAUAUGAUGAGGACCGCUACAUAGCCCCGGACAUUGACAAAGUCACCGAUCUCGUUAGGUCUGGUGCGGUAUGGAGAGUGGUGGAACCUUACCUUAAACAACGAGAGGAGAGCCAAAUCGACGAGGUCUCCCCCAUUGACAUGAUGCCGAGGGGUGAUAUCCUCACCCUAAGCCGGAAGCUUUAA